GUAGUGAAGGAAGCAGAGAGAGAGAGAGAAAGAGAGCGAAACCAAACCAAAAUCCCCAUUUCUUCAUUCUCUUAUCUCCUUUUCUCUUUCUCUUUGCCCUUCUUCUUCAAACCCAAAAUGCCAGCCCUCGCGGCGCAUACCCAUCUCCCCACUUCCACAAAUUUCCCCAACUCACCGGCUUCCCGCCGCACUCGCCGGAUUCCGCCCCAAAUCGCCGCUUCUACCAACCCCCAUCUUCCCACCUUCAAAUGCCAUCUAUCUUCUUCUUCCCAAACCCCACAACCCAUUCAAUCCACCCCCUCAAAACCCCACCUCAAAUCCAUCGCUAAAGCCCUUGCUCUGUCCUCCUCUGUCACCCUUGUUCUCAAAUUCUGUUCGUUUCUUGGGAAUGGGGAUGGAAACUUUGGUGGGGGUGGUGGAUUUGGCGGUGGAGGUGGUGGUGGCGGUGGAGACAGUGGUGGGUUUUGGAGGAAAUUCUUUUCCCCUGCUGCAUUGGCUGACGAGCCUCAGAAUCAGGAAUGGGAUUCUCAUGGUUUGCCUGCUAACAUUGUUGUGCAGCUCAAUAAGCUUAGUGGGUUUAAGAAAUAUAAGGUUUCUGAUAUUCUUUUCUUUGACCGCCGGAGGGGAAUCACCGUUGGUACCGAGGACUCGUUUUUUGAGAUGGUUUCUUUGAGACCUGGCGGGAUUUACACUAAGGCUCAGCUUCAGAAAGAGCUGGAAACUCUUGCGACUUGUGGGAUGUUUGAGAAGGUUGAUUUGGAAGGGAAAACUAACGCUGAUGGUACUCUUGGUGUCACAAUUUCGUUCACUGAAAGUACUUGGCAGUCCGCCGAUAAGUUCAGAUGUAUCAAUGUUGGUUUGAUGCAACAGUCGAAGCCAGUGGAAAUGGACGCCGAUAUGACGGACAAGGAGAAGCUUGAGUAUUUUAGGAACCAAGAGAAGGAUUACAAGAGGAGAAUUGAGAGGGCAAGACCAUGUUUGUUGCCAAUGCCAGUGUACAGGGAGGUGCUUCAGAUGUUGAGAGAACAGGGGAAGGUCAGUGCGAGGCUUUUGCAGAAGAUUCGGGAUAGGGUUCAGAAAUGGUACCAUGAUGAAGGGUAUGCUUGCGCUCAGGUGGUGAAUUUUGGGAAUUUGAAUACCAAGGAGGUUGUUUGCGAGGUGGUGGAAGGGGACAUUACUCAGUUGGUGAUUCAGUUCCAGGAUAAGCUUGGUAAUGUUGUUGAGGGAAAUACUCAACUCCCUGUGGUGAGGAGGGAACUGCCCAAACAGCUUCGCCCAGGCUAUGUUUUUAACAUAGAAGCAGGAAAGCAAGCUCUGAGGAACAUCAACUCACUUGCCUUGUUUUCAAAUAUUGAAGUGAAUCCACGACCUGACGAGAAGAAUGAAGGCGGGAUUAUUGUUGAAAUUAAACUUAAAGAACUUGACCAAAAAACUGCUGAAGUCAGUUCAGAAUGGAGCAUUGUUCCUGGGCGUGGUGGACGUCCCACUUUGGCUUCACUGCAGCCCGGUGGAACGGUUACUUUUGAACAUCGAAAUAUCAAAGGAUUAAAUCGAUCUAUUCUUGGUACUAUAACAACAAGUAAUUUUUUUAAUCCUCAGGAUGAUCUUUCAUUUAAGCUUGAGUAUGUGCAUCCAUAUCUGGAUGGUGUCUAUAACCUACGCAAUCGAACUCUUCGAGUUAGUUGCUUCAACAGCCGAAAACUGAGUCCUGUAUUCACUGGCGGACCAGGGGCAGAUGAAGUUCCACCUAUAUGGGUUGAUCGAGCUGGUGUUAAAGCUAAUAUUACUGAGAAUUUCACCCGCCAAAGCAAAUUUACGUAUGGGCUUGUAAUGGAAGAGAUAAUCACACGAGAUGAAAGUAGUAAUAUCUGUCCAAAUGGCCAGAGGGCAUUGCUUGGUGGAGGUAUUAGUGCUGAUGGACCACCCACAACUCUGAGUGGGACUGGUACCGACCGGAUGGCAUUUUUACAGGCAAAUAUAACGCGGGAUAAUACAAAAUUCGUUAAUGGUGCUAUAGUUGGCGAGAGGAAUGUAUUUCAGGUAGACCAAGGCCUUGGGGUGGGGAGCAAUUUUCCGUUCUUCAACCGCCACCAGCUUACAUUGACGCGGUUUUUCCAGCUGAAGCAGGUGGAAGAAGGUGCCGGCAAACCCCCUCCUCCCGUGCUUGUCCUCCAUGGCCAUUAUGGUGGCUGUGUAGGAGACCUUCCAAGUUAUGAUGCUUUUACCCUUGGAGGGCCCUAUUCUGUGAGGGGUUAUAAUAUGGGUGAGUUGGGCGCAGCACGAAACAUCCUCGAGCUUGCAGCUGAGCUACGGAUCCCUGUUAAAGGCACACAUGUAUAUGCAUUUGCUGAACAUGGAAACGAUCUUGGAAGCUCGAAGGAUGUGAAGGGAAACCCAACUGAGGUAUAUAGGCGAAUGGGUCAUGGUUCGUCAUAUGGUGCUGGUGUCAAGUUAGGCCUUGUUCGGGUCGAGUAUGCUGUCGACAAUAACUCAGGCACGGGUGCUUUGUUUUUCCGAUUUGGAGAAAGGUUUUGAGAUAGUUUAAAUUUGUAUUCCAUUUUUGGUUAGUAUAGCCGGCUCUUUAGGUUGCGUGGUUGGAGAAUGUGGGAGCUGUAUUCUGAAGAUGAUAUGCAGAAUCAAGUUAAGAGUGAUUUUUUUUUUCUCCUUUGAAACUUGUCUAUUUUUUUACCAUUUUAUCUUGCCCCUUUUUUCUUUUUUUCUUUUUUACUUUGUUACCUUUCUGAUUAUGGUAAAUUAGCCCAAGGGGUGCAAGAAAAUCAUCCAUGCUAGGUUAAUUUUUUUUGCUUUGGUUUAAUUGUAUGCUCUGCUUGAACAAUAAUUCAACUUUAUGAAUAAUUUUACUGAUUCCAGAACUUGGAACGUUGCUAAGUAA